ACGGAGGUCGUCUGCAAGAACGCAACCGGGAGUAGGUCAGUGGAAGUGAAACGAUUUAAUGUAAUGUGUUUCACAUGUCAUAUGUCAUAGCCGUUUGUGUCUAAUUAGGCACCACAUAACAGCCAGCGAUAAUAAGGAAAGGUGAAACUAUGAUGUUUGCAGUGCAGCAUGAUGGACGUUCUCGAGUGUGAGGUCUGUCUCGACGAGUUUGACUCAUCUACGCGAAAGCCUAAACUUCUGAGUUGCGGGCAUACGAUUUGCCUGAUGUGCGUGGAGGAACUACACCGCAAAGCUGCAGGAACACAGCCAAGCAACUCAUUUCUCUGCCCAAAAUGUCGAAGGGAGACUCGAUCGUCACCGAAUGAGCUAAUCGACAAUUUCUACAUCAUAUCCAUGAUCCAGGAUGGGCCAAAAGAAAAGCCAAAACCAACGCCUGUAAGAUUCUGGUGCAUCGAGUGUAAUGAGGUAGCAGAUCGGACUUGUGAGGAGAAGCAUACAAUAUGCCGGCUUCAAAAGCAUCGUGGGCGCGAGCUCAAGGACGCAGUCGAUCUACUAGAGAGGAGUGUGUCAGUUCGACGGCGAUUGGCCGAAAUGUUAAGGGAGGUCGACCAAAGACUAAACGGGUUUUUGGGAAAGCAGGCAGACGAAUUCGCCAAGCAUCAUGAAAAUACUCAGACUUCCCUUUCCCUGUUGUACGAUAGUCUCGAGUUGAUUGGACCCGAGUGGGAAAAGGCAUAUGCUGCGAUUGAGGAGGCUCGUCAAUCAUGUGCGGAGAGGUUACCCAUUGAUGAACAGUCAUUGGACUUCCUGCGAUCAGCUAGGAGGUGCGAAGUGACGGUGCACGGUGAGGAGGGAACGAUUUGGUGCGGAGACCUCAACCUGCAGCAACGCGAAGAUGGGGACGCUGCAGCAGUAGUAUUGGGUCUACUCUCCACGAUGCAGCGUGCAAAAUUAAUCCGCCUGAAGUCACCGCCGCUGAACGCGGGGAAGGAGUCGGAGUUGCCAGGACAGCCUGAGUCUAAGAAUUUGGAUAAAUUAGAAAGUUCAUCUGCCACAAAGUUUCCCACAAGUAUUGGAUUAGGAGCCUCCACAGAAUUCGACAGCAACACGGUGACGGCAUUAUCAGCCAUACGGAACAAUGCCGCUCUUCAACAACAUCAUGCUGUACCCGAAAAGGUAACGAAAGAUGAAGCAUUUUGGGACUCGCUGAUCGAUGAGCCCCUAAGAAAUCCCGAAGAUGGGAACGGCACAAAGUUCGAAAUCGAAACGAUUGGUACGCUGGACGUUACUGUAUUAAGCCGCACUACUGGGAAGCGCAUGGAGAAGGAUGCCCUACUUCUUGACUGCAAUCCAGCAGUGAAGAUGCUGAGGGGUCUGCAGUGUGGUAUGGACCCGGCGUGGGCUUGUGCGCUGCUGGGCGUGCUAAGUCGACAACUGGAAGCGUUGGAGUUGGUAGAUGCACACGAGGAGCACCUGCAUGCCGUCACCUAUAUGCCACGUCUCCGCCGUCUCAGAGUGCAGAGCAGAGAUUUCUGUCCCAGGGAGUACAACGGGUGCCCCUUGCCUGGCCCUGCAAAGCUACAGGACCUUGAAGUAAGAGCAAGUAGAUAGGUUCAUCAUGAUGGGGGUAACGAUGUGAGUGAAAAAAGUCGAUAUCGCUGUAAGAGCCUUAUAAUUUCUGGGGGGGAUGGGGGGGG